AUGAGCAAGCAUGGCUGCAACCCUGAUGGGUCGUUGAAUGCAGCAAGUUUUGCCAAACCCAUGCCAGUAAUGGGUGUCUACAUUGCAGGAGCUUCCCUCAUAUGCUUUCUCUCCAUGUCUAUUGAUCUCAUCACAGGGUUCCGUCGCCAAAGCUUUCAUUGCAGAUUUUUCUCUCUCAACUCCAUGACUCUAACUCUUCUCUCUAUAGCCACAAAGUUGCCUACAGACCUGAAUUCACCGAUGCCUAGCCAUCUAGAUCAGUUAUCCAAGCUCACUGGCUCUGUUUUCAUCUGCACAGCAAUGGCUAACUUCAUGCCAUCUUUAGCUACAAUGAGUGAUUCAGAGAUCAUCUCCAACAUGGUAUCUUUGGCUAUUUUCGUCGUAACUGUCAUUGUUAACAUUUGUAUUCAGAUGGGUACCGGUGUGAUUUACGACUUUUUGCCGGAACACAUGAUUGUCAUAUCUUUAAUGUUGUUCUUACUACUUCUGUUCUGUUUGUCAAGUUUGGCUGUUCCAGCCACAAGGCAGGUCUUGGAUAGACAAUACAGAGUCAAAUUGAAGGAUAUUGAUGAGCCUGAGAAAUGGGGACAUGAUUUUGGGUAUCUGAAAGCAGAAAUAGAGAAGUUGUGGGCUAUGGUUCAUGCAAUUAGUCCUCAGCAAGUCUUUGGGAAUUUCACGACUUGCUCUGCUGCUGGUUUUCUCAAUUUCCUCAGUGUUGUCAUUUUAGUGGAGGCGGCGGUUAGAUCUUUCGUUCCUGGAGAUCUAAGCUUCUGCAAGGGAAAUUCUGAUUAUGGAUUGUGGUCUAUUAGUACAGUUUUGGGAUCUCAAUUCCUUGCUGUGUUUGUGGGCAGUUCUUCUCCUCUUCUUAGGUGGAUGAUAGUUGUCAAGCCAGUUUGUGAAAGGUGGUUUAGCAUGAAUUUUCUGGACAUCCUUAGAGGUUUGAAGGACCAAACUCUAAAGCUUUUUCAUUUAUCCAAGAAUCCAAGUCUUAAUGUUCUUACUGAAAGAGAUGAUGAUUGGAUUAGAAAAUUAGCAAUCUAUCUUCCAGUUAAAUAUGUUGUUAUAUACUUGUUUAACUUCCGAAAGACGCUUCUGUUACCUAGCAUAACGUUCUUUCUAAGGCAUUACCCUCCUUUGGUGAAUUCAAUAUUGAAGGAAGGAGAGAGAGAAUCAGUCCCUACCAACUUUCAACAUGGUCGUUCAGAAUGUGAGAGAAUGAUCAAUGGUGGAACUAAGAAUCAUCCAGGUCAUCUGAUCAAGCUUUUACAGAAAAGAUCUGAGGCUUACAAUUCUGGUUUGUUCAUGGGAGUUUUUGAGUUUGACAAUUACCUUGUUCCUCCUAUUAGAACUUCAGAUUGUGAAAUACCUGCACCUCCCAAUUGUUGGACAAUGGCUGUUGUGAUCCUCACAAGCAUUGCUAACUCACUUGGUCAUUCAAACAAGGAGAGAAUGAAAUCAUUAAUAGAUAUAGUGAGAGAAGGCUUGAGGGUCUCCAAAUUCAUAGAAGACAAUUUGGAAGACAAAAGUUUGAUUAGUGUAAGGGAUGCAGCAGAAUUUUUAUGGGUCGGUAUGGAUUAUUGUACUUUCUUCAUUGAUAUUAAUCUUCAUAAAGAUCUAUCUUCAAGUACGGGUUUCUCUAUGAGCAAUUCCCCAGAUGGGAUACUGAAGAAACUCGCAAAUGCCGGAAAGGGGUGUGUUUUGAGAUCUAAGGAAAAGCUUAUGGGAGUCCCUCAUGUUCUAUGGCCUACUGAAGUAAUUAUUGGCUACAAUCUGUAUAGAGUCUGUGAAAGCAUUCUGCUUGACAAUGGAAAGUAUCAAACAAUUGAUAAACUGUUUGAUUGGAUAGAGCACACAAUUUCAGAUCUGCUAGCUGCUUGUCUUUCCAAUCUUCCUCAAGCUUUAUAUGCAGAAUGUGCUUCAACUAAUAUAGUUGAGGCAGAGGAAAGAGUUGAAAGGGCAGCAUAUGUUCUUGGUCAAUUCCAAGAAAUUCUACAAAUACUUCGAGCCAUGAAUUUUCCUCAACUUGAUCAUGAUGAAUCGGCCUACUUAGAAAACUGGCGUCGGUGA